AACCUGGUGGCGGCAACAACAGCAUCUGCGAAAACAUCAUGAAAAAUACAAGGGACAGGCCGUUAGAACAGCUCGAACACCUUGGGGAGAAGCAACUCGUUGAGCAGUGGUAGUCAGACUGCUUCUACGCAUUUGUGCUUUCAAAUAUUUAGAACCUUCAAUUAAACUUGAGGAAUUUGCCCGAGCGAACAUUUUCGAGUGAAAAGCAAGCAUCACCGUGGCCAACGAGCCUUGGGUUGGAAUUUGUUGGAAUCUAAGGCCGACAAGUCUACUUCCAAUACAUGUCCACUCGGUCUGAGGAAUGCACCAACAUCAGACUCGGUCCGAAAUGAGCCCCAAUAGCCGAAGUCGUCAUGUGAAGCAACUACUAAUAGAACAAUGAGCCUCACUAAUUUGGCCUUUUCUGACCUGACGGACGAGGAGGUGCCCGAUCUUCACGGGUCAACACUCGACAUCGUGCUUUUCUUUCUCAUUUUGGCCUUGACAUGGAUUGUGGGAACAGUUCACGGUUGCUUGAGCAAGGCCAACAAAGGCCAUGGACCCACUUCAAACGGCCUCCACGGAGUUGAGAUACACGGAACUCACGCUAGGUCCAAAGGCUCAGCACUUCAAAUAACCCGGUCCAACGGACUUACGGAUGUCGCCUUUGUGUUUACCGUGAUGGCGGCCUUUGCUUUUAUCUCUGGCCUUCCGUCCCAAAUAUAUUUCCGCGGAGCGUUUGGAGUGGUUUUGGGGGGUCUUCCGGCUGUGAGUGUGGCCCUUUGUGUGGUAGUGCUGAUCUAUCUUCCCCUGUUCUCGGCCCAAGAAGCUCCAUUUGCCGAUUGGAAAGACUACCUCCGGCUGAGGUUUGAAUCCCGAAGUGUGCUAUUUUUGACCACGGCCCUUCUAGCCAUGCUAUGGAUCAUAUUUGCGGCAUGCGCCAUCUACAGUCUGAGUUUGAUAUUUGUCCAGCUAAUUGGUUUGAAACACUCGAUGUCUCUAAUGCUCGUGGUCCUGAUUUGCACUGUUUUCGUGGUUAUAGAGGGGAAGAGCCACGUUCUGCUCAGUGACUUUAUCUUAGCCAGCCUCAUUUUUCUUAGCUUCACGGUGGUUCUCGUAUUUGGUUUAGUGGAGCAUAAAGGUCUCUCUACUGUGAUUGGGGUAGCCCAAAAGUUCGACAUCAAUCCCGACUCCAUAGACUCGAUCCAAAGCGUGUUUUCCAGUCAGCUUGUGGUGUGGUUGUUGCUCUUCGGGAUCUUUUAUAGCUCAGAUGAUCGCUAUGCCAAAAUGCAUUCCUCAAGAGGGGCCUUGCCCUUGCUCAUGCUCAAUCUGCCCUUGGCUAUUCUCAUCCUGCUGAUAUGCGUGAUGCUCGGCUUGAUCUCCCUGAGCUACUUCCCUCCAAAAUGCUUGCCAAACGAACAAGGAAUCCAGUGGCCGGAUCAAAUAUUCACCCGCAUGAUCACUCAAAGGAUUGGUCCCAACAUUCCCGGUUUCUCAGGCUUGUUCUUCGCUGCUUUGUUUGCUUUGGUCCUGUCUCUCAUUUCCACGGGAUUCAAUUUCAUCACGGGAACUUUUUGGAGCAGUUUGACCAAGACCUCUGCGUGCUUGGCUUCUGAAACAACGAACGAACGCAACACAUCGACCUCAACGCCCACAGCCGAGGCCCAACGCCAGGUCUCGACCAGAACCCUGUCGGCCUUUGGAUGUAUCAUGUCUGGCAUCCUCGCUGUCGCUUUACAAGGCAAGAUCGCCUUUGGCAUCGGGAUCGCCGCUUCCACCGUGGUCAUUGGCGUUGUAUUAGGCAUCUUUUUCUGCGGUCUGUUUGUUCCUUAUGUGAGCGCUCGUGGGGCCGUUGUGGGUUCGCUCUUGACGCUCCUUCUGGGUCAUUGGCUCUCCGUGGGAGGGAUCGUUCGGCAAGGCUCGCACAACGGGAUGCUCAAUCCCAUGGAGAAUGAAAUGGGGUGCUUUGGGAAUCUAACUCUCCAGCCUGACUUGGCUGGAUAUGACGAAAGAUUUGAUAGUCCACACACUCCAAUCCAGAGCGUGGGGAAAAUUGUGGAGAAGAGUGCGCCCAGUUUUUUGAUCCCACAAAGACCCAAGGAUUCGAGUUCAAUUGGAACAGGCUUGGGAGGCUUCAGUACAACCAUCGGUGGACCUGGAUCCAAUGGAGAAGGAGGACCACGAAACAUCGUUCCCUCAGUGGAUCAUAGUCUGCCUCGAUCACCGAUUUCGAAUGGUGGGCCCGUUUUGGCAUCCUACGUUCCAGCCCCACCCUUGGCCCGCCCAGUAUCACUGGCCUCGACGGGAAGUGCACCCAACUCUCCUCAUCAGCCCUCGUCAUCCUAUGGAACUGGAACUAACAUCGCAACCGGAAUUGGAACCGGAACGGGCCGGAUCAUGCCGCCCAAUGUGGCCACUAAUUCCGGAGGAUCCGGGGCGGUGGGGAACAAGCCCCCGUUAGUUCUGGCCAAACCCGAGCUGGAUGGAAAUAAUGGCUACCGCUUCAAGGGUCAUGGACGGCAAAGAGCCUCGUUCCAUGGUCUUUUUCAAAUUUCGUAUCAUUACUAUGGAAUCAUAUCGUUUGCAUCGAUGGUGGUGCUCAGUGUGAUCUUUUCCAUUCGCUUGUGUCCACAAUCCCGAUGCCAAAGCUGGGAGGAAGGCCACGAACCUUUUGGUCCCACUUGGAUCACAAUGGAUCCCCGCUUGAUCCAUCCCAUUGCUCGAAUGCUUUGCUGCAAAUGUUGUCGUCAGAGAGUCGCGAAACCUGAGCCAGCCUCACUCCAGUUCAACAUGGAGAAACGCCGAAGUCAGAUGUUGGCUGCCGGAGGUCUCGAGAACUUCAACGGUCACCACCUCCGGCAUGGAAGCCAACAAAGCCAGCAUCGACGAAUCUCCAAUGAGACUGGCUGUAGUCAGAACAGUAAUCAGGAACGAAAUGACCUGAGUCGGCGUUGUAGUCGACACAGUCACAUGUCCAAGCGGUCAUCAUUGGCCAGUCACGGCCCAACCACCACCACCACCCAAGCCGAUGUGCUCGUCACAGUCAAUCCAUCCCAAUCGCCCAUCGCCAUGCACUCGGAUAUCGAGCGACGGCUCUCCCAGCUAUCGGAUACUGCCGUGGCCGAGGUCGUGGCGGUGGCCAUGGACGAGGUCUCUCGGCGAAACUCCAAUUCCUCCUCCUACCAUCGUCGUCUUUCACCUCAAGUAAGCUUGAACGUUGUUCCACCUUCGACCGGCCAUUCCCCUGUCACCAGCAUGCCAAGUGGAGGAGGUUCCCUCUUGGUCCCACCCACGGCUGAAAUGUUGGCCCAAAGGCGUUUCAGCGAAGUGUCGGCGGCUAUUGAGCGUCACAACUCUCGACGACAAGCCAAACGCUCGCAGAGUGUCAUGUAUCGACAAAAAAGGCGUGCCUCAAGGCGCGACAGUGACAUCCACCGAAGUGUGUCUCCGCCAGAUUUUUCCGAUUAUCGGCGGAAGCACUUACAAGGCGUUCACUCAACCCCUGCAGUUGGAUCAGGCAGUAUUCCAAUACCAACAAUAUCAACGUCGGACCAAGUUUAACCUAUGGAUGCAACUAGAUUGGUCUCUUGAUUCCUCGAUCAUGAGCACGAAACAAAUCAUUUUAAGUAUGGUGCAUAUUGUAUUACAAAUUAUUUGUAUUAGUAUUUCAGUGCUAGGCUUAUAUCAUUAUUGCUCCGACUUCUACGUACUACACAUGUUCUAUGUCAGCUCAAUGUUCAUAACCGACGAUGUAGAGAACAGUGCCAAAUCUGGCAUAAAAAGAUACAAGAUACAAUUUCGUAUGCGAAUAUUUUAUGAAUUGAAUAGGUUGAUGGUGUACUUUACUUCCACAGAAAUCACAAAAACCACAAUAUGUGUCGAUGUUGUUUUGAAUGUCCUGUCUUGAAUUAUUUCUCUACAUAUACCAGCCAAGAAGCAUGAAAUAUAAAUUUGAAGUGGA